AGGUCGAGGGAGCCCGAGGAGGCACGUGCAGCCUGGUCCGGGAUUGGGGGGUGGGGGGGGGGAGGCUGCAGCAGUUGCACCCACAUCGUGCUCAAGAGCGCAGGCGGGACCGGGGGGUGCGGAGCAGCGGCUGCGGCGCGCACCCCGGCGCUCCCGGUAGCCCCCGCUCCCGGCCCCGGCUCAGCGCCCCCUCCCCUUGGCUCGCGGAGCUGCGCCCAGGCGGACGCGCGGUGGGCGGCGGGGCAGAAGCGCGCGCCCGGGCUGCGGAGAGGCGGCAUGGAGGAGUCCCGGGCCUGGGAGACCGACGGCCUGCUUCCUCUGGAGAGGCAGCUCCAUGAGGCUGCCUGAUGGAACAACAUCGGGAGGAUGAAGGAACUGAUCGAGAGGAGAGUCAACCUCAGGGCCAGAAACCACGUGGGCAGGGUGGCCCUGCACUGGGCUGCCGGCGCUGGCGCUGGGCACGAGCCUGCUGUGCGGCUGCUCCUGGAGCACAAGGUUGCUGUGGACAAUGAGGAUGAGUUUGGAAUGAACACACUUCUCCUGUCUGCCUGGUUCGGCCACUUACGGAUUCUCCAGAUCCUGGUCAGCUCUGGGGCCAAGAUCCACUGUGAGAAUAAGGGUGGCCUGACCUUACUGCACUGUGCAGCCCAAAAAGGUCACGUGCCGAUGUCGGCGUUCGUAAUGGAGGACCUCGAAGAUGUGCCCUUGGACCGUGCUGACAAGCUGGGAAGGACGGCCUUCCACCGGGCUGCUGAGCACGGGCAGCUGGAAGCUCUGGAACUCCUCGUGGGCUCUGGAUGUGACCACAGUGUGAAAGACAAGGAGGGGAACACGGCCCUUCACCUGGCUGCCGGCCGGGGCCACCUGGCUGUGCUGCAGCGGCUCGUGGACAUCAGGACAUCAGGCGACCUGGAGGAGCGGAACGUGGAAGGUCUGACUGCCCUGCACGCGGCGGCUGAAGGCGUCCGCCCCGACUGUGUGCAGCUGCUGCUUGAGGCGGGGAGCUGUGUGAAUGCCCUCACCCAGAAAAAACAGAGCUGCCUGCACUACGCAGUCCUCGGUGGUUCUGAGGACGUGGCCCGGGCCCUCAUCCAGGCAGGAGGCCAUGCCAACGUGGCUGAUCAUCAGGGCGCCUCUCCUCUGCACCUGGCUGUGAAGCACAACUUCCCUUCCUUGGUCCAGCUCCUCAUCGACGCUGGCAGUGACCUGGAUGCCACCGACAAUCGGCAGCAGACGCCCCAGCACCUUGCCGCUGAGCACGCCAGGCAGGACAUAGCGGAGAUGCUCCUUGUGGCGGGGGUUAAUUUAAGCCUGAGAGACAAGCAGAGGGGGACUGCCCUGGUGGUGGCCGCUCGCAGCAACCACAUCAGCCUGGUGGACAUGAUCAUAAAGGCUGACCGCCUCCGCACGUGGAAGAAGGGUCACCUCUUACACAGGGACCCCAGGGAUCCUUCUGGGAAGAAGGUGACCUUUAAGCAGGACCGUCGGCAGGAAAGGCAGCAGUUCUACUCUGUGCUGUGGCGACUGGCUUCCAGGGACCUGCGGCCUCACGAGUGGAAGAAGCUCGCAUAUUGCUGGGAUUUCACCGAGGCCCACGUCCACGCCAUCGAGCAGCAGUGGACAGGCACCAAGAGCUACCAGGAGCACGGCCAUCGGAUGCUGCUCAUUUGGCUGCAUGGCGUGGCCACAGCCGGUGAGAACCCCAGCAAAGCACUGUUCGAGGGCCUCGUGGCCAUUGACAGGAGGGACCUGGCUGAAAGCAUCAGGAAGAAAGCAAAUGCUGACCCGAGGGCCCCCAGCAGGUGCACGGCCAUGUAACCAGAGGGGCCAGACCUCCAAGGGCAUGGGGCCUCAGAAUGGCAGCCACUGAACAGAAGAGGACCACCACUUAAGGGCUUUUAAAAAAAAUCACCAUUAACAGACCUCCAGCUGCUUGUACUGAAACUGGCAGCCAUGCGGGAGCAGCAGGCACAGCUUGUAAUCUCUUUCACGCGGGCUGGUCCAGGGGCCGGUUCGGGUUUCGCAGGUAAUGCCUUCCCACAGGUAGGGUCCUUUACAGCUCUCGGAGCGCCACAGCAGUCCCCUGAGAUGCAACGGGCAUCUUUUCAGAGAAGACACUGAGGCCCAGGAUGGAUAAAGCAGCUCUGCAGCUGAUGAGGUCAGGUGCCAGACCCCGCAUUCCUGUCUCUCCAACCGCCACUUACACAACGGACCGCCCUUCACUCGUUCACUGGCUUUUGAUGAACGCUGCGCUUAUCGCACAGCUCUGUUUUUGUCCCAAGCUUAUUUGUACGCUGUGACACAGUUCCAGGAGGUACAUGCUCUUUUUUUUCUCUCGUUUUAGGAUUUUUUUUUUAAUUUUACAAUUUUAUUUUGAAAUCCUUUCCAACUUAACAAAAAAACAUUGCAGAACCAGUAAAAGAAUUUCUGAAUACGCCUGACAAUACAGCUUCCCCAAAUAUGAACAUCUUACAUAAUCACAGCAUGAUUUUCAAAACCAGGAAGUCAACACUGAUACCAUACUCUUAACUCCUCUUCAGACCGUAUUCGGAUUUCAUCAGUUGACACUUCCGUGUCUUUUUCUGGACCAGGAUCCAGUCCAGGGUCACAUCUUAUACUUAACUGUUAUUCUUAGUUUUACUAGCCCCACACAGAGGGUCACCUCUCCAGAGCAUCACUAUCUGACCGAACUUUCUGUGGUGAUGGGAAUGUUCCAGAUCUGUGCUAUCCAGUAUGUUUACCCCUAGCCACGUGUGGCUGCUGGGUACUUGAAGUGUGGCUCGUGGGACUGAGGAACCGAAUUUGUAGUUUUUUAAUUGUUAGAAAUUUAAAUAGGCACUGUGGCAAGCGGCAAGCAUGUUGGGUGGCUCGGCAUGUUGGAGCUUAGCUUUCAGGCGCCAGGCCAGCCCAGGCUCAGCUGCAUCGGUGAGAGCGUGGCUCCAGGACGAUGCGACUCUGGAAGCCAUGGUUUCACAGAUGUGGAGAAUAUCUGCACAGGAUAAUAGCCUGGAAGUUCUGCCUCCAAGCUCUAAUCGGAGUUCUCCUGCACGUGGCACAGCUUGCUGUGGCCAGUUUGCGAGCCCACAUCUUAGAAAUACUCCCCACGGAGUUACCCGCUGGCCUGUGUCCUGGGAGGGAGACAGACUAAAAACUGUUAGCGCUGAAAGGGGCUUCAGCCACCACACAGGGCCGGUGGGAGCUCACAGUGGUACAGUCCUCUGAAAGGCCGCUGCCGUUCUAUCUGCCCAAAUUACAAAUGCAUUUGCCCUCUGACCCAGCAAUCCCACCAGGAGGAAUUUAUCCUGCAGAUAAACCUGCAGACAGGAUACUAAGACAAGUGCAAAUAAAUGUAGUGGAAACUGUGCCGUGCAGAGGGGUGCAUGGGAACUCUGUGCUAUCUGCCCAGGGUUGUUUUGUUUAACUGUUCCUAUUAAUAAUUUUUAGAAACCACCUAGAAUUUAUGAAAAGAAAGAAAAGGAGGCUUUGAAACCAACCUGUUUUACAGGCAGUAACCUGUAGGCCUGAGGCCUCAGCGUUCACAGCCAGAUUCAGACCCCCCAGUGCAGCACGCAGACCUCCAUGCCCUGUCUCUGCAUAUGCUGUGGUUUGGGUUUUUUUUUUUUUGUUUUUUAAGUAGGCUCCAGGCUCACUGUGGGGCUUGAACUCAUAACCCUGAGAUCAAGACCUGGGCUGAGACCAAGAAUCGGAUGCUCAACUGACUGAGCCACCCAGGCGCCCCUGCAUGUGCUUUGUUGAGGGGAAGAACCUUCUCUUCCAUUUAUUCCACUUAGGAAAUGUAUUUUGUACCACAUGGGACUUAGACCAUUUAUUUGGAUGAAUUCUGCGAAGUGAAUUUUGCACUUUUUUUUUGAGACAAAACAAGUUCUUAAAUAAAAUUGAAACGUUGAAACUCAUCUUUCACAUUCAGUAUUUGUUUCUUUUGUUUAGGAGACGUAUGGCAAAAUUUCAAGUCAGACAAGCUGUUGUGGAUUGGUUCUGUGUAACCACACCACUCAACUCACCACCACCAGUCAAUAUUUACUGAGUGUCUUCUGUGCCAGGCAGUCUGCUGGGAGCCGGGGUGCAGAGCUGAGUAGCCGCAGUUCCUGCCCUCUGGAAGCUUGUGAUGUUGGAGGGCGGAGGAGCUGGGACACCAGUAAGGUACUAUCAUGUGGUUGGUGCUAUGAUGGGUGUGUACAGAGAACUACGGGAUUUUGUUCUUCCUUGCGGAAGGGAAAGAGGAAGGGGAGGAAGGUCCGAGAAGCUCACAGAGAAGACAGAAGUAGGGAAAGCACAUUCCAAGCAAAAAGCACGGUCUGUGCGAUGGCACAGUAGUGUGGACAUGUAUCUAUUUGGGGAAUGGUGGAACACAGGAAGCAUGGAAAGAGGAGGAGAGAUGAGCUGGUGGGGCAGGAGGGCCCCAUUCCUUCAGCCUCCGAUGAGACUAUUCCAAUGGGCACUCCGAGCUCCAGAGCCCUACACGGUCCACUGGUGCUUGUCAGGCCUGCAUCACAGCUCAGCUUCCCCCGUGUCCAAUCUGCUUCCUUCCACAACCUCUGUCCCUUGACCCUAAAUAACCACCUUGCUCUUGAAGUUUCAUCUCGGUAUCUGCUUCGGCCUGAGACGUGGGGAUGGGGGUGGGGCCCAAGAUGGCUGAUUUUCUAGCUGGGGAAUCUGGAACAGUGAUACUGGGGACAGAGAUGAUGGUUUAGGAGAGAAGGGGGAGGUUUGGGCAGUGGGGACGUGGGUGUGCCCAUAGAAGGCUGCCCUGAUAGGCCUGUUAGGCAUUCAAGGCCAGCUCCAAAUCAUCUGGGGCUGGAAAUGGCAGUCAUCAGGGUGGAGAGCCAGGGAGUAGUUAAAGCUAUCAGGCAGGAGUGGCUCACACAGGGAGAAUUUGAAAUGAAAGCGGAGUGCAGUCCCACGGUUCAUUGCUGUACCAGAUGAGGAAGGGACUGCUGACCCUGUGCAGCCUGGCCCCGUCCACAGGGGCUCCCUAUUGGUUGGGAAGUAGGCUCAGAUGCAAACAGUUAAAAACAUGAAGCUCUACCUUCCUGGCUUACCAGGUGUUUCUAUAACCAACUGUUCUCGAGUCACGAGGUAGUCAGAGCAGACGCUGGCCUAUGUGGAAGAUCACUGCUUUUAGGGAUGGUCAGACCCAAGUUGGCAUCCCAGCUCUGCCCUUCCCCCCUUGGCUGCUCCCAGUCUCCAUGAGCUCACCUGUAAAACCAGCAUAAUCAGAGUUGUGGUGGGGAUGAAAUUGGAAAUAGUAUGGCUAACUCGAUGUUCUGAAAACUUAAAGGGAAAGGAGCACUGAUGCUGAUUUUUUGGUCUAAAUUGUACCUCAGAGAAACCAAAUAGUUGAUGAGGGGAAGAGUCAAAAAAAAAAAAA